AUGUCAGUUCCUACAAUAUCUCAAACAGCUCGUCAUUUUUAUUUUAAUUAUCAUUAUCCUGAAUCGACUACUUCAUGUUUUCAUACAACGUUUAUGCGACAUAUUCAAUUUGGUAUUCAAGAUGUAAUAUGUUUUUUAAUUGCUGGUUUUCUUGCGUAUGAAACUAAAUUAAUACAACAUCUUUCACUUGAAUUUCUUGUUCCUAUGAUAAGUAUUUUAUGUUUACAAUCAACAUUUGGAUCAACAUUAGCUGGUUGUUAUAGAAUAACUUUAGCUUUAAUUCCUCUAUCAUUAUUUUUAUUUCUUAUUCAAAAACUUGGCCUUGGUUAUCAUGACUAUCUUGCAACUGAAAUUUUCCUAUUAUUCACAUCAUUUUGUAUUUCAUAUGGAUGUUCUCAGGUUGCAACAAAAAAAAUGACUUUACUAUAUAAUGUUAUUUAUUUUGGUUUAAAUUUUUCUCGAUCAGAUCUUCCAAUAACAUUUUCUUUUGAAUUACUUGGAAUUUAUAUAACAGGAAUGGCUAUAGCUGUAUUUGUAUCACUGAUUAUUUUUCCUAUUUUUGCUACUUUUGAUAUUGAAAAUCGUUUUAAUUAUUCUCUAUCAAAACUUCAACAAAUGUAUGUAUUAAUUAUUCAAGCAUUUCUCUGUCAUGAUAAAACACGUUCUCAUAUGUUACUUACAAAAGCAUCAAUUGUACAACAUAUGAUUGAAAAAGCUUUAACUCCAAUGCAAACAAGACUUGCCGAUGCUAAAUUUGAACCAUCUCGACUUUUACAACGAUUAUUUAAUCAUCAACAUCUACAUGUUAUCGAUUUAACAUUACCAGAACAGGAGAAUUUAAUAACGUCAUUAAUGUCCCAUGUUGUUAUUACAAUGAUAUAUUGGUUAAAGAGUUUUAUAAGUCUUCUGAUUGCUCUCAGUACCUUAAUUGUUGCUGAUGAUCCAUGUCGAUUUGAACAUUCAAAAGGUAUCAUUGAUUUAACAUCCUUAGGUAGAACUGAUGGAAAACCUGCAUAUCCAGAUCAAACACCAUCAGUAGGAAGCAAUUAUGUGUAUAGUUUUAAUCCAUGCAAACCUUUUUCCGAAGGAGAUACUUGUAAAGGUGUAGCUGCUUGUCAAGUUUCAAAGGAUAGAACACUUACUUUUAUUCUUGCUAAACAAGACAGUGCUGAAUGGGAUGCAGGUGCUGGUCCAGGCGCUAAUCCUUCUAUUUCAUAUACCCUCGACACAAAACGCGUCUCGGUAGAAUUAGUUUGUACAACUGAUGAAAUCAAUGAAUUGGAAGUUUUGGGAGAAGCUCCGAUAAGUACUUAUAAAUUCCGUUUAACAAACAAAUGUGCUUGUUGGAAUGGAUGUGGAGGAGUUCCACCGCCACCACCACCACCACCACAACAAAACUGCACAAUCAAUGGUUCUACUUAUUCAUCGGAUAAAGAAAUUAUUCAAUCUUUUCCAUUCACGAUUUUAAUCAAUCCUACACAACCUCAAUCAUCACCACCUACGUCUAGUUAUGUUACUGUUGGUAUAUAUAGCCGUGUCAUUGAAUUGAUCCUAGUGAAUAUUCCUAGUAUUCCACCUGCUCUUUUUUGUUUAAAUGCCAUGGAAAAACUUUCUAUUUUCAAUUCACCUAAUGUUGUAAUUUCUUCUGAAAUAAGUCGUCUUUCUUUGUCACUUAAAUCUUUGAUCGUAUCGAAUAUUUCUCGAUCAGGUUCUCUUCCUGCUGAAAUAUUCAAUAUGAAAAAUUUAUCAACAUUGUCAAUUAUCAACUGUGAUUUGGAAAUGUUAUCAGAAGAUGUGAGCAAACUGGAUUCACUCACGCAACUGACACUGGAUAAAAAUCGUCUGCUUAGUCUUCCAUGGGCUCUGGGUAAACUACCAUCUCUUACAUCAUUAUCUGUUAACAAUAAUCUUCGUCUUUCUUCACUCGAUGUUCUUUAUGGAUCAACAUCACUCAAUAUCCUGCAAGCAUCAAACUGUAUGAUCAAUCACCUUCCUGCUAAUAUUCCAAAUUUACGCAUAAUCGAAUUAGAUGGUAAUCAACUUACAUCUCUCGAUGGCUUUGAAACAAUUGCAUCACAAAAUAGUACAUUGUUUUCAUUUAAUAAUAACAAAAUCGCAUCUAUUUCAAGUGUCUCAUUAGCAAAAAUUGUUGUACUUAAUAGUUUUUAUUUAUUCAACAAUCUACUUACAACAUUGCCCGAUUCAAUCUAUUUAAUAAAAGAUUUGAAGUACGUCAAUAUUCAAAAUAAUAAUUUUAAUGCAAAAGAAAGAGACUGGAUUCAAGGUGUAUUUCGAAUAACAAAUACUACUCUUAUUAUCUAA